CGUCGGUGGAAAGGUGAAUAUAUAUAAAUCUGUAACGAAUUACCUAACGAUGGCGAUUGUGAGCUUUACCAAUUUCAGGUUAACUUUAAGCUUAAUGGUGAAAGAACUUUAUACUAGAUGUGUUAGGGUAGUAUGGAUAAUAAACAAAAUAAGGUACUUCGCCAUGAAAAGAGGGGGGAAUUCAGUUAAAUGUUAUAAUCUGAUUGAAUCAGACUUUAGGAAACUCAACACUUGCACAUUGUCAACGACUUAAUUUGAAUAAUUAUAAGUUUGUUUAAUAGACUAUGCAACGUGACGAAAUGCUACUUUUGACGCUUCAGUUUAUAUAUGUAUAUGCAUUCUUUUGCAUUUCUUUUGCUUAUUUCCAGAUAUACGACUUCCGAUGGUUGGAAGUUAGUGAACAGGUUAAUUGUGGGACGAUCUUUCGCAGUUGCAGUCACAUUAAAUGGUAAAAUUUACAAAAUGUGCGGUUAUAGUAGCAAUAGAAAUUCCGUCGAAUGCUAUAAUCCGGAUUCGAAUACUUGGACGCCUUGCGCGGAUAUGGAAAUAUGUCACCGUUUACCUGGUGUAACUGUGCAUAAAGGUCACAUCUAUGUUUUAAGCUUUAGCGGUGCUGAACGCUACGAUCCUCAGCAAGACACAUGGUCACAGUUGUCGUUUGAUGUCAAACUGAAUACUAUGUUUGAAAGCAUUUCGCAGACGUACUGUGUGCAACUUGCCGGUGAUUAUAAAGCUAUGGCUUGCGUAUCACUAGACAAUAAACUAUGGGUUAUUGGUGGCAAGACUAUAUCUGCUGACAAGACAUAUGUAUUAGUCUUUGAUGAAGAAAAUUCCUGUUGGGUAGAAAGGUGCUCAUUACCCAGAAGUGAUGUGUUUAACGGUUUUGUUGUUCCUGAAUCCUUGCUGUCAUCGAUGUGAAUAAAUAAUGUAAUUAUUGAUCCGUAUUUCGAUUUAACAAAUUCUUUUAAAAUAAAUUAUCUUAUAAAAAUAAUAUAAAACUUUACUAUUUUCAUACAAAAAUAAUUAUUUUAGAAGCAGGGGAUGGUGCUAAACGCGCUUGAACUGAAAGUUAGG